ACUUUAACGAACUCAAAAUGGCUGGCUUUAGGACCGGCUGCCGCAAUUCACUCGACAGUAUCAUCAUCAUGGCCGUGAUUAUAUGGGGUAUAUUUAGCUUGUAUUAGCUGCCUUUUGUGCAUUGGAGAAACAAAGGUGUUUCUUACCGGAAUCAGGACAUUAAUAGCGGGUGGAUAAAGCCUGGAAAAGCGCCUCGGUACCCGGCUGGAUGUCCUGUGAGACACAGUAGAGCUGCUGGCUGGCUGCAGGCUGGGGGACGGCUCUAGGACCAUGAUGACGAAACCUCUCGGCAAGCCAACUUCAUUUGCUUGCUUCUCCUAAAUUGAAGUCACUCUCCCAAUUGUGCACAACUGGUUUAUAACAUCUGCCAUGUUACCUUUCUGGAUACUCCUUGGACCUUAUUGAAAAGAAUGAUCAUCUUUGUAUAAGGACAAUAAGGGCAUCUAAUGCAUUUCCCUCCUGCAUAUUCAUACACCCUGUGGCUGGUGCACUUAACUCAAUUGCUAUCUUGUAAUGGCAGUGCAAGAUCCUGGCAGGACAACAGGUUUCCCUUGCAAACAAUGUGGCAUGGUAUGUCCCAGUAUGCCCAGUCUGCUUGAGCACAUGGAUGCUCACAGUCAACACGAGGACGAACGAAAAUUUAAAUGUGAUGAAUGUGGACGUGGUUACAGGCAUGCUGGUAGCCUAACUAACCACAAAAAGACUCACCAAGUGGGGUCUUUUCAAUGUAACAUCUGUGGUAAAGAAAACUCUAAUGCUUCGGCCCUGAAGAGUCAUCUCCGGAGCCAUACUUCACAGAAAAAGUAUUCCUGUGUCGAAUGUGGGAAAGCUUUUCGUCUGGCAACACAGCUGGCUACACAUGAGCGGGUUCAUCUUGCCAGGCGAGUAAAGGAUCGGUCAUAUAGGAAGGUAGACAUAGAAUAUCCCACAGAUGAAGUUGAAAAUGAUCACCCACAUCAUCUCAGUGAGCAGUCAGCCAGUGUUGGAAUCUCUACAGAAAAUAGUCCAACUCAUGACAUGACGGACGUAGUUUAUAAUGCACAAUCUGAGACCUCUGAUGAUGCAGCAAAUAGACCAUUCAGAUGUGACGUGUGUGACAAAUCAUACAUACACCACCGAAGCCUGACCAAUCAUAAAAAGACUCAUCAAGUGGGAAUGUUUGAGUGCACAGUGUGUUUCAAACUUUUCAAUAACAUGGCUGCCCUCUACAGCCACCAGAGAUCUCACAAGACAAGAAGCGGGACAGAUACUGACUCCAUGCGCGAGUCGUACACUGGCGCACCACUGGACCAGUUUUCACCUCAGAGCCAGGAUGCUACUGUAAAUUUUUGCCAUUUAUGUCAGGUACUAUUCCCCAAUGAUGAAGAGUUCCAGGAACACAUCCAAAUGCAUAACUCGUCUUCUCUGUCAUUUGGGCAUCAAGACACCUUGUCAGAGAGCCACAAUGUAUCAUACGACAACAGUAUUGCUUCGCCUGAGUCAAAUUUUUAUGCAUCUCCUGUAAAUAACGUUCCCUCAGUAUCAUCCGUAGAUAAUCACGGAGGCUUUGAUCCACCACAGGAGCAGAUACAAAGUAACGGGCAUGUGUACUCUGACUGCUCUAACAAUCAAACACCACCUUCCAAUAGUACUCAGGGAGAACCCCAAAUCAUAGACACAAGUAUUCUCAAUCCUGUCCUGACACACACUCAAAACACUGACAAUGCAACCGAAAUGGAAGAGACUUCAACUGUAGACUCUGCCGAUCGUCCCUUCAAGUGUCACAUCUGCGGUAAAAGCUACCGGCACUCUGGGAGCCUCAUCAACCACAAAAGGUCACAUCAGGUCGGGAUUUACAAUUGUUCCAUUUGCAGAAAGAGCUAUCCUCACCUGGCAGCCCUCAAAAGUCAUCUUCGUCUCCACAAAGCUCAGUCGUCCUCUUUUGGCCCCAACGCUGAGGGAGACUGGCUCUCCUCAGAACCUUUGACUCUGGAUAACCAACAGGGCUGCUUCUCCUCUCAAGACAAGGAGGAGGAUCACACUCAUCCUGUGCUUGAUAUAGAUGAGGAAAAUGGAGUUGACCACAGCAAUGGAGCUAUGUACCAUGAGCAGUUUAAUCAGGACUUUUCCCAGGAUAUGACUGUGCAUCUACCUCACAAUGAACACCUGAUGCAGAGGCACAUGUGUGCAGAUUGUGGUGAGACUUUUGCUGAUAUUGCAGGGAUUAAGUCUCACAGUUGCCCACUGCUACAGCAGCAACAUGACACUACUAGCAGUGACUAUGAUAGUAAUAUACAUUUCCAGGACAGUAAUGGUCACUGUGCAGUUUUUAAUCCAGGGAGUAAUGUAGAGUUCCAUGGUCUGAACGGUAGCCACAACCAAAGUUACUUUGAACAGAACUUCCAUGACAAUAUGAGCAGUGAUCAGCUAAAUGGUGGCAGAGAAGGUGAUAACGCUGACGAGGAGGAUGAUGAUGGAGAUCUUUAUCAGUGCUCUCUAUGUGGAAAUAGCUACACCAGCAUGAGGGCUCUCAGGAGCCAUCUCCGGGGGCACACACAGUCCCAUGGUACUCCUGCAAGCUCAGGGCCUUCCUCCAUGUCCUCUCAUGAAGAAGUGAAAGACGAAGAGCUUGGAGAGAUGAUGAUGAUCUGUAGCACAUGUGGGGAAAGUUUCGCCAAUAGGCAGGACUUAAUCACUCAUCAGCUUCUACACAACAAGGACCAAGGAGACAAUGUAAAUCAUUUACACAUGAACACCAGUGAUGUGUCUGGAGGCAAGGAGGAAGCAGAGAGUAUCAUCUGUGGCAGCUGCGGUAUUUUCUGCAGCAGCUACCAUCAUCUUGAGAACCAUGGUUGCACAGCUGAGAGGACCAAUGAGUUGAAACAUGCUAAAGAGGAAAUGAAAGAUGUUGAAGAUGUUGCCGAGCAUGAAGAUACAGGUCACGUCAAAGAAUCUGUCGACAGCGGAGAUCGUCAGUUCAAGUGUGAUCAGUGCGGGCGUUCAUACAGACAUGCUGGCUCCCUCCUUAACCACAAAAAGUCCCACAAAACAGGUGUAUUCAGAUGCCUCGUCUGCCAGAAGCGCUUCUACAACCUGUUGGCUCUGAAAAACCAUCAGAGGUCCCACUUUGAUAUCAAGAGGCAUACUUGUCAUGAGUGUGGGAAGGCCUUCAAAAUUCAGAAGCAGCUGCUGAUUCACCUGAGAAGGCACAAAGAGAACCAAGCCAAAAUCCAGGAUCUCAACAACCAGAUCCAGGCCCUUAUGCAGAUGAAUGGGACCAAGUCAGAUGGAGGAAUGCAGUCCGUAACUUCAAACGCCAACCAGUCUUUAACCCCCUCUAGACGCUGCAAGCAGCUGACUGAAGGGAAGAGAACACAAACAAAAUGUGAGACCUCUGUCAAAUCAGAGGACACAGGUGAACAACGGCCUUUCGCCUGUGACCAGUGUGGACGUACAUAUCGCCACGCAGGAAGUCUGGUCAACCACAGAAACUCCCAUAAAACAGGUGAAUAUUACUGUUCAGUUUGUAACAACACUUACUCCAAUCAACUAGCAAUGAAGAACCACUUGCGAACCCACUUUGCAUAUAAAAGGCAUUCUUGCCAAAAUUGUGGAAAAGGCUUUAGGGGAAAGAAGCAGCUAUUAGCCCACAGUUGUGCAGGCCUCAGAAAGGAUGAGGUCGGAACCAGGAGGAGCCUAAAAUCUAGAACCUUUAAGUGUAAAGAAUGUAAGCAGGCGUUUCUCUCUCUUGACCAAAUGACAGCCCACACCUGUGAUGGACCGUCAGGCAGUGGUGAUGCACAAACAAAUACAUCUCCAAAUAAAGAGGAGCGACCUUUCACCUGCAACAUAUGUAAUCGCAGCUACCGCCACGCUGGCUCACUCCUGAACCACAAGAACACCCACAAGAAAGGACACUUCAGUUGCACCUUCUGCUCUAAGCCCUUCACCAACCCCAUGGCUUUACGCAAUCACACCCGCAUCCACACACAGAAGAAAAAGUAUGUGUGUCUCACAUGUGGAAAGGCCUUCCGCCUGGCCAGCAUCCUGCACAACCACCAGAAGGUCCACAACAGGGUGGCGAGUCACUUCAGCUGUCCUGCAUGUGGGAAGAGCUUCCAGGGCAGGUCCGGGCUGAAGAGGCACCGCUGCCGCAGAGGUCAGGAGAACUCCCCGAGAGCCGGAGUCCAGCAGUCAGAGAGGGGAGACAAGUGCUUCAUGUGUGACCUGUGUGGGCGCUCCUAUCGCCACGCCGGCUCUCUCCUCAACCAUAAAAAGUCACACUCCGAAGACCUCCACCACUGUACCUUGUGUCUCCAGACAUUUCCUGAUCCUCUCACUCUACAGAUACACUCUCAGAUGAGGCGUCACUGCUGCCCCGAGUGCGGCAAAACUUUCUGUCUGGUCGCACACCUGCAGAGCCACAUGGAGGUGCACUCGAAGGACCGGUCUCUGGUCUGCAGCCCCUGCCAGCAGAGCUUUCCCACCACAGCCAGCUACCAGCAGCACCAGGACCUGCAGCACAGGGCUCAGGACCCCUAUCAACAUGGCGUGGAUGAACCUGUGGAUAACAACAUCUGCUGGGACUCAGGAAUAAAUCAGACCAUGGGGAUGGACGGGAUGCACAAGCCGGUUCCACCGCCUUUGUCUCACAUUUCAGGAAGCAUCACCAAUUCACAGGAGAGUAACGAGUCUGCCGGUACGGAAGAGAAGAGCCACGUCUGUGAUCACUGCGGCCGCACCUACCGCCACGCCGGCUCCCUCCUCAACCACAAGAACAGCCACAAGACGGGCUCCUUCUUCUGCUCCGUCUGCCAGAAGGAGUUCACCAACCUGAUGGCUCUAAAGAACCACCGGCGCAUUCACACAGAACCCAAGCGCUACCAGUGCCUGGAGUGUGGUAAGGCGUUCCGCGUGUCCACUCAGCUCAUAUGUCACCGACGAAUCCACACCAAAGAGAAGCCCUUUGCCUGCCUGCUGUGCGACAAGAGCUUUUCCAGCAAAUCCAACCUGCGGCACCAUCAGAAGAUGCACCAGAACACCCAGACCUAUGACUCCUCUUUUAGCAUGGAUGCUAACUCGUUCAUGGACUUAGACAUGGGGUCUUUCCUUUGAAGUCCAGAGCGUAAAAGAGAAGAGGACAGGCAGUCCUCCUUAUUUAUCUGUUAUUUUGCCCUCUAUCAAUAAUUGUAAAACAGUAUUUUUUUCAGAAAGUGCUCUUUGGUCCUGGCAGAAGCUUCUUUGAAGACAUUUCAUUACUGACUUCCAGUCUUACCUCUACAACAGAUAAUGACUGCAUUCAAAAGUCUCCAUAGGAUUUAUCGGUCAGCUUUUAGUGAGGCCUGAAUGUUUUCCACAGGAUCCCAGAAUACAGGGUGCCCUGGCUGAUGAAAAUAUGAGUCGCCGCUUAUUCCUCAAUGACAAAAACAACCAACCAAAGUGAAUAGAAAAGUGCAGCCCAGGUCCAUGUAAGAAAAUUAACACUGAUCACAAGUUUUUGUAAGACAGUACUGUUCUAACGGUGAUCUCUCCUCUCUUGCUAUAUGUCAUUGUGUUCAGUGCCUCUGUAAGUACCUUAGAAAACAAAAUAUACAAACUAUAUUUAUCUCUGAAUCCUUUUGUUAGCUUUGCCGUCAGUUUUGGAGGACUGCACACUUUCCUUUUGGAUCUCACAUAGGGCAAGCCUGUUGUUAUUAAGUCAAAUACCUCUGGGUGUGUCCAAAGGUCAGUGGCAAAGUGAUUUACUGAACUCAUAUUAUCAAUUAAAUAGUUGUACGCUAAUAAUAUUCACGUUGAGUGACAUUGUAUGCUAAAAAUGGAUGUAUUUAUUGAUUUAUUCCUGUUAUCUUCUGUGCAUAUUUUAUUAGAAAAAAACUUUUUAAGAAUGUUGUAAAAACAAAACAAAAAAACCUGUCUUCUGAAACUCAUGUAGCCUGUAAGGAACAUCAUCAGUUGAUUUGUAUUUGCUUAUUAGUUCUCAGUUACAACUGGCAGGAAUGAAUGAGCCAAGCAUUAUUGGCAGCACUCAGGGUAACCCUUCAAAAGGAACACACCUGAUGUGUAAAACAUUGUAGAUAAUCAGUUUCUGAACUGAGCAUUUUAUUUCCACAUGUGCCAUUUCAACACUUAUAAUUUAGCUCAUGUAACGGAAGUCACUCCAACAGUUAGUUGCAGCUCCUCAUGCAGUGCAUGCUGUUGAAUUAUGACCCAUCUCGAACCUUUGAGAAGCAUCAGUGAUGUUGAAGUGCCAGUGCCUAAAAUGUAAGUCAAUUGUAGCAGUUAAAUGUGAACAAAACCUCUUGCUGUACUUGUUAUAUACUGUAAAUCACAAUGUUUAUUUUAUAUUGUUUGUUACAUGGUUAGAUCUUUUUUAUUUUAGAUCUAUCUUGAUUUGUGAAUCUCCACCUAAAACUGGUAAAAGAUGUCUUAAAGCGGUUGAUAACGCACGUUUUGCAACAGUGAGGUGAAAGCGGUUCCUUUUUGUCUCCAUGAAUUUUCUUUCCUCACAAAUGCUUAUAUGAAUCAAACGGAAUGACUAUUUAUUUUCAAUAUGUGGCCAAAAACGCCCUAAUUUCUGCCAAGCACAAGUAUUACAACAAACAUACCAAGUUUUUAUGGAUUCACGAAGAUUAACCAGUUUCAUCCUCACUGUCCAGUUCAUGAACCACUUUGUUUUAUGAAAAAUGUGCAAUUAUUGAGACCUUGUACACACGUACAUGCGUUUUAUUUUUUAGCUAUGCGUUUUAUUCUUUCAACCACACAAACUGUCUUUCAGUAGAGGUGUAGUCUCCCAUUAGCUGCCAAUGUGAGACAGAAUUCUCCUCCACUUCUGCCAUCUAUUUUGCAGAAGCAAUGUUGCUACAAUUCAGGGCUUAGCACUGCCCGAGAAGGUUGUGAUUGAUUUUAAAGAAAUACAAACAAGCUGAACAACAAUUUCCCCUUUUCAGACUGAUAAUGGUUGGAGCCAAACCUAAAGGUCUAGCUUUGUGAGAUUAGUAGGGGUAUAGGAGAAUAUCAUUACAUUUGAGUGUGGCAAUGUUAUGUUUAGUGAUACCGUUUUGAUUCAGAAAAACUAUCAAUUUUAUUCAUAAAGUGGUGUGUUCUUUAUACUAUGACAAUUUACCGCAAAUUAGAUUUAAAAAAUCAAAAUAUAUGGCGCUAAAUUGAAUCAUAACCCUUCCAUUAUGAAACGUAUUGUCAAUACACUGUCCUACUUUGUAGGUCACUCAAAAACGGAACAUUUUCCAGGGUGAAAAUGUUAAAAAAUUCAGUGUUCAUUGACCAACAUCAUCAUCUUUUUGUGAUUGGCCAACUGUUUGUUUGGUAUGCUCUUUACAGUGCAUCACUUGCGUUUUUGUGUGUUAAUUCAGACGGAGAGUUUUUCACAAACAUCAGUUUUUGUUUUUUGUGUUUUCAAGAAUACCCGUAUACGUGUGGACUAGACUUGAUUCUCUGGGUUAUUUUUUUGCCAAGUUGUCUAACGUGCCUGUUGUUUCUUAAAUGGUUUCUCUUCACAAACCAGAAAUCCUGCAAAAGAGAACACAUGGCCUUUGUUUUGUUUUUUAACAAUCUGAAAUUUUCUUUUUGCCUUAUACAUUACAUUUCAUGUAUGUUUGGCACUGGUCAGAAGUAUGAAAUAC